CUGUCAGUGACGGUCCAUCAAAUUUCCUCGAUUCUUUGAAUCAUCAUCGGAAUAUGCCCGUUAGCUCGUUAGCAAGAUUCAAUUUCAGUCCCAGUCCAUAUGAAGAAAGUCCUCGUUCGAGUUUUAGAGAUAAACCAUGGUCAACAUUGACAUCACAUCAACGUGUUUCUGCUCCCCAUCUCCGCAAACUUCAGUGGAAAACAUCCCUGGAAAACGAUAUCGUUUUAAUUUCAUCGACAAGCAUGCAGACCCUUGUCAUGCUGAAGAUAAUAAACUUUAUGGUAGAGCUUCGCCUUCAGAAAUCCACUCUGUAGGUUUUGUGGAUAGGGAAGACGAUAAAAUUUUCAGUAAUACCAGGGUCUUUAGCGUCAAUAAUGACGAAAUUGACAAUAAUCGAUCGUCAGAUUUCAACGUGACAUUUUCCGCCAAUCGCGUGGCAGACCCCGUUCGAAACGUGUCCAAUAACUGCGAAGCCAAUCAAAUGACAGACUCCAUUCAAAACGAGACCAUCGACGUUAAAGUUUUGAGAGAACCUGUUGAUGCUUGUGGACGAAAAAAAUUUGAGUGUGAUUUUGUUUGUGGAGAGAUGUAUCCUGGUGAUGAAAAUAAAUCGCGCUCUCAAUCUUCAUCUUUUGGCAGUCAUGAAAAUAGACGUUAUAGCAUGGACAAUCACGAUUCCAAUUUCUUUGAAAUGAUGGAAGGUCCUGACGCUCAAUUUAGUAGUCCACAAGAAAUAGCUAAAUAUUUGUUCCGAAAACAUUUCCGAAGCAAAAGAACAAACGCGGAUGGCGAAAAUUCUCGCCCAAGAUCUAACCAAUCAGCGCGCGAAGAGUCAUCCUCGGAGUAUUCAAGUGAAUGUAGUUUUAACGAAUCUAUGAACUGCCACCAAAAACAAGGCUGCAGUCCACUGCAGUCCAAACGCACGGAGGUUUUUAAUGAAUGUAAUCAAGCAAGAUCAUCAAAUCCUCGCUUGUUUUCAAAGACAGCUGAUGACGCUGUUUACUUAUCUUCAUCAGCUCACGAAAACAGUUCCAUGACUUCUUUGAUGAAACGCCCAGGUGUCAUGCGCAAUGCCAACAACUCUCUUACCCCACGAAGUUGCUUCAAUUUUGAUAAGCGACGGGUUAAGUCGCCCGAACCCGUCGUUGCUGUUCAUCCAUGUGACAUAAUAUCUGAUGAAGUAUUUGUUGAUGGCGAAACUGCUACGACUAGCUACGAAAAAUACUCGACACGAAGACGAAGCAGUCCGGACAUUACACAUCUUAAAUCGUUACAUUUGCACGCUACGACACCCGUGUCUUCGAGUCGUAAACUCUCAUUGUCUCGAAGCAAAAGUUACUCGAAUAUUGUUAAUGAACAAACUUCAAACGAUGAAAUUCCUCGCCGUAGAAGCUCGUCUUUUAAGCCUAUCCCAUCAUUUGAAGAAUUCCGCUCAAUGAGAGGGAUAAAUAGGAUGGUCAGUGAUCGCUCUAAGGAUGGUGGACUACAAGACAGCCGAAAAAACACUGUUGGAGAUGGUGAGAAAACUGAUCUCAAUAAUAAUAGCAGGAGUGAAAUUGUGAAUAACACUGAAGAGACCGUGAAUAUUCAAGAUCUCCUUUUGAAGUAUCGCAUUUAUAAAAAGUCUUCAUCAGAACAAAACGAGAGCUUGAAUCAGCAAUACAACGACAAAGAGAGUUUAUCAAACGCCGUCAUUGAUACGAAACAACGUUUAUUAAACAUCCUUGAUGAUUUUCUUGCGGUGAGGACGAAGCAUAAGGCAUCAAGCAUGAGUUGUGUCACGACCAAGGGUAAUUUUCCUACCGAAGAACGACGGCCAAGUCUUCCUACCACGUCCAUCUCAUAUAAACACGUAAACAGGAAACGUGACUAUGUUAUCUCAGCUUGCAAGAAGAAAAACAAUGAUGUUGCCUUUUCACAGAACGCCGAUGAAAUAUCCAAAAAGAAAGACACGGCGCGGAGACGAGCAGCGCAAAUUCGAAGUCAUGGCGUUUCCCAUUGUAGCAUGUCUAAGCAUGAAAGUUUGAGCGAUAGGACAAUCUCGCAAAACUGUUCAAUAGACGAGGAUGCGAAGAGAAGGAAACAUGAUGAAUUUCGAAAAAUGUCAGUGAAAACCAGCACUUCUCGAGAAUCAUUGGAAGUGAUCACAAAGAACGGGAAAAUUGCGAAGAAACAACGAAGGAAAUCAACGUAUACAAUAGAACGCCAAGAAAAGAACGGGAAACAACAUGAGCCGAACUGUAGUAAAAACACAUCCAAAGACGUUCCUGUGAAGGUUGAUCACACCAUUGAAAGUAAACAAACAAAUACAGAAAAAACUGAGAUGAAAUAUCCCAAAAGUAUGAAGCAAACGAACAGUUUAUUGAGUUUGACAGAUGAUGUUGAACAAGAGGAGAUGUCCAACACUUCGCAGGGUUUUUAUACGUUGAAUGGGGAUGACAAUUCCACAAAUCUACAUUUAGGGCUCUCAAAGGCUCAAGCCAAUGGUGAACCGAGAUUACUGUCACGUGGUAGCAGUUUUCUGAGUAACUCCAGCACCGGCAGUGAGUCUGUAAGUGUUGAUUUCGAAGAAAGUGAAGAUGAAGAUGUUAUCGAAUCUCGUAGAGUUCAAAAGCGGCCCGAGACAGAUAUUAAUAGAAACGAUAGCGGUCUGGGUGACGAGAUCGAAGGAAGGACUCGGUCCAAGAGGCAACGGAAAAAGAUUGAUCACGUAGGCUUACGUCAGCCUUUGUUGCAUAGGGAGACGAAUAAGGCAAAAGAACAAACGGCUGACAUGAGGCAAACGAUUAAAUGCCCAGAUUGUGAGCGUUGCUUCUUUGUGCAGAAAAACAGGCCAAGUGUGAAAAGUCAUGGACCAAAAAAGACAUUGAUUUGCUAUAAAUGCCAAAAACAUCGAGUUGAAAGAAAAGAGGCCAUUGUUGAACUUUUAGAAACCGAGUUGAACUAUGGGAAUGAUAUUCUCAUCGUGAAAGAGGAAUUUUUAUCGCCAAUGCAAACAGGAGGUAUUGUAUCACAGGAAAAUGCAGCGAAAAUCUUUUUGAAUAUUCAGGAGUUGCUCAGCGUAAGCUCGAAAUUGUGUGAGAAGCUUGAAAAAAAUAUUAAGGAAUGUCGUGAAAAGGAUGACGAGGAUUUAUGUGACGUCAAUGUGGGAAAGAUUUUCAUUGAGAACAUGGAGUUGCUGCAGGCUUAUGAAUUCUACUGUUCGAGACAAGCAAAGGCCAUGGACAUUCUGGAAUUAUUACAGAAAAAGAAUGAUGUGUUGCGUGUUUUUCUUAACACAACCUGUCGUGAUAAUCCUCAGUGUAGAAAAAUGGACAUCAAUUCCUUUCUCCUUGCGCCUGUUCAACGUGUGACAAAAUAUCCUUUGUUGCUAAGUAGAAUCCAUCGAGCUACGCCAUGCUGGCAUGUGGACAAAGAUGAUUUGAAAUUGGCCGAUAGGAAAGUGGCGGAACAGAUUGCGAAGAUAAACUCGUUGACAAAAUCCCCAGAAAUGAAAUCAAAAAGAAUUCAAAACGACAUUUGGACCUCAGAUCCUAUCAGAUUAAAAAAAUGGCAUGCGAUGUACUUAAUUGGAGUUUUCAAGAAAUGAAGCUUCUCCUACAGGGCGCUUUCAAGGAAGGUAGUCCUAACAACAACGAAAUCGUCAGAAUUGUAGUUAUAUUUUCCUGUCAAUUCCACAGGUCUCUAGCUGCGAAUUGGGCAACGGACAGAGUUGGACAAAACGAACUCUGAGUAAAAGCAGCGAAAUGUAUUUACUGCUUUGUAUUCGUGGUGAAAACGAGGAAAUCGAUGUUGAUUCUGACGAAGACGACACGUUGCAUUUUCCUCGCGUUUCUGUGGUGUUGGAUGCAUCUUUGCUUAUAUUAAAGCGAAAGAAUAACGGAAAGUACACGCUGUACAGGGACGAAGUCAAACUUCGUGACUGCGUCAUCUUUGAAGAAAAUGACUCUUUUUCAUUUGGUCUGAUUCAAAUGGGAAGAGAACACUUUCAUUUUACUGCGAACACACAAAACGAUGCUAGAAAAUGGAUGAAGCAUUUAAAACGACAAGCCAGGAAUCAAGGCAAAUGGAGGAGACGGCGAAAUGCGUCUGCCAACAUAAUGUUGAAGAGCUGACAUGAAAAAACGUCGAAUUAUUAGUCGAAGACAUUUAUUUUGUAACAGAAAAUGUAUCGAAAUAUUAAUGCAUCUAAUUUUAAAUGGUGCACCAUUUGGUAGCGAUUAGAAUUGAAUCCAAAAUUAAAUUCUGAGAUUUAUUGUCGUUGAUAAAGAAGCCAAUGAAUUUCCAAGACAUUCGUUGCUGACAUUUAAACAAGUACUGCUUCGUAUCUACUUUUGAGACAUUUGAAUACUUUAGUUAAAUUCAAAGUACAAUGUGCUGAGUCCAUCAUUUAAUGAUAAUUGCAUAGAUGAUAAUUUGAAGCUUGUAAUUAUUCAAUUCUUUUUCUAUCACAUCGCAAUAAGGUUUUUCAUU